UUGAAAAGAAACAAGGGAGGUUGCAAGGCUGACUUUCCCAAGAACUACACACUCUUCUAUUCAAGGAAACAACUGAAAGAAUAAGAGGUUGCUGAAGACAGGACAACUUUUCUCUGCAAAUGCCUGCCCACUGCAAAGGGUAGAGGCAGCUUUCAAAAGGAGGGAAAGUUGGGAUUUUCCUUUAUGCAGAGACUUCUGCACCUGUUGAUAUUCUGGCAUUAUUUUCAGCUGAAGAACUGCUAAGUCCAGUCCUGGAUUUCUCCACUGACUGUAACCACAGGAAGCUUCAUACUUCUGCAAUUAUUUUCUUAUUUAUCAAUUGGAAGAAGAGGCUGGGAACUCCCUUUGAAAGGAACAUAAAAUCUGUGAAGUUCGAACAAGCAGCCUUCCCAACAUGUACAGAAUAUCUCAACUGAUGUCAACACCAGUCGCAAGUAAAUGUUCUGGGUCAGAGAAAGAACAUACUGGAAAGUUGUCACCUACUUGCAUUUUCCCAAGUCCAUAUUUGUCAGUGCAGAAGAGGUGGCUUCAAACAUUGUGGGCUCUCCGUCAUGGAAGUUGUGCAAGCAGAGACUCGACAACAUUUGUCAGAAAUACUGCAAAUGGGACCAGCAGAAGUUGGUGGGUUUGUUUCACCUGUGAUUUCCCAGAUGGUGACAGUUCCUUUGAAUGCUGCUCCAUAGAUCCCGUGACAGGUUUCUACCUUACCUGCCGCCGAAGUCCCAGACUCCUCACCAAUGGAUAUUACAUUUGGACAGAAGACAGUUUUCUCUGUGACAAAGAUGGCAAUAUAACUCUGAGCCCAUCCCAGACCAGUGUGACGUAUAAGGAGAACUUAGUUAGAAUAUUUAGAAGGAAAAAGAGAAUCCGCCGUUCUCUUUCUUCUCUCUUCGAUCUCCAUGCGUCUAAGUCUUGGUUACAUGGAAGCAUGUAUGGUGAGGCUGACCCCUCCCCAAGUGAGGACAUCUGGUGGGAAGGGGUCAGAAGGCUGGACACUUACUACUGCAAUGAAGAUGGAGGUGAUUUCAUCUGUUCUUCUCUGUCUGAAGACUGGGAGUCUGAGAAGCAGAAUGCAGAGUCUGCAGAAGCCUCUUUUUCCAGCCACGUGAUACCUGAGCCUCCCAGAGAAAACUCCCCUGACUCAUCUCCUCAGACCCAGUUGAUGCCAUCUGAGCAUUUCCAAGGGAACAUUUUGGAUCACUCAAGAACUGGUUUGUUGGAAGAGGUCUCUCUUCAAGCAAUCCUGCUUGCUGCGUGCUUAAUCAUUUCUGCAUGUGCAAGAUGGUUUCUGGGAGGAAUACUAGCGAGUCUCUUCACUUGCUUAUUGAUGAUAACUAUAGCUUAUGUUGUCAAAUCAUUGUUUCUCAGCCUUGCCAGCUAUUUCAAAGCCACCACAUCUGCUCGGUUUGCCAAAAUUUGACAAGCAUCCAGAAGUGCCUCUGAUGAAUGCCUCCAAUCUGCAUAUCCGGAAAUUGUCUAAUUUGUGGUCUACUUGGAAUCAACUGCUCUAUUGGAAGGGAGUAAGCAAAUGGAUAAUCCAGAAAAACAUUUUAAUUUGGCUAUGCAAUUGUUUUAAAAUCUAAGAUUUACAUCUUUAAUUGUAAUAUGCUCAGGAAAAUGAUAUUAAUUUGCUCUUCUGCAAACACUAGCAGUUGAGAAGGAAAGGACUGGGAAAUAUGAUAAAGGACAAAUCACCUGCAGUAAAUAUUCCCCCAUCACUCCCUGAGCCAGUGAUUCUCAGAUAUUAAUUUAAGUCAGAGAAUUUCAUGAGCAGCUUGUAACAAUGCACAUUCUUGGACCUGUCCCCUACACCCAUCCCUUAUUUACCUGCUUUAAUUGAACAAUGAAAGCUAGUUUGUAUAAUCAAUAUCAACUUGAAAGUAAAUAAGUUCCAUUUGUCUAAAAUGUAAAAAGUUACCCAUUCUCCCCAAAGGAGUUUUUGAGUAGAGAACAGUUGUUGAUAGUGGUAAUAAUUUAUGGAUGGGAGUAGGAGAGAGCCAUUUUUUGGAGGAUGCAUUCUUUUUUGAACCGUUUUCUGCACCAUGUUUUCAACCAUUUCAGGGUUCAUGUUUCCCUUUCACUCAAAUUGCAAUUAAAAUAAAGUUACAACAUGGGGAAAUGCCUUUAGGGCAAAAUAGAAGCUAAACAGCACAUUGCUUUGAAGCGCAUGGAAAUGUGCAAUUGAGCAACCAACUGAAGAACUGUAGAAGUCUUUUCUUCUUUAGCCCUCUCGCUUAGUAUGCACUCACAAAGCAAUUAUGGCCUGCAAUUCAAUUCGUUCUGUAUGAUGUUCACUGACUAGAAACUCUUGUGUGAAGAAAGUUGAUGAGUGUCUUUUCUUGAAAUUAUAAUGUCAAAAUAGCAUUUUUAUUUAGUGACAUUUUGGGUGAAUAAAGCAUUAUACUAAUAAAUAAACAGUGUCAUCCACAAUUGGUAUAUACUUUUGAGAGCAAUGAUGGCAAAAAGUCAUUAUAUUAAACAGUCCUAUUUGAG